AUGGAAUAAUCAAGUGAGAAUAGCAAUAAAAAUCAAGGCUUCCUCGACAAGGAUUUCGAUGAAUAGAUCAACCUUCAGCCACAAAACUAUAUAACAGAUCAUAAUCCACAAAAUUAAAUUAGCCUUCAUGAUGAACUUUCUGGUUUUAAUUCUGAUGAAGAGCCUGCUAUUCAAGAAGAGAGUAAAUAAUCUGAUAGGAAUGUGCAUCAAAUUCAAUAUGAUAAUGAGAAUCAUAACUUAGAGGAGAAAAAGGGAGAUGCUGAAGAGAAUGGAAGUAGCUUCAUUGAAUAUUCGCCUGUGUUCAAGACAUCUACAAUUCCAUAGCAUCAAGAACUUAAAAACUAUCUGUAAAACUUGCUGAUUUAAGAUCCUUACAAUAAAUUCUGUGUGGAUUGCCAUCAUAAUGUGAGUAGCGUAGCUUGUCUUACCUAUGGUAUCUUUAUUUGUCAGGCAUGUGCUCACAUUCAUAAAGUAGUCUUUAUGGGAAGAUCCCAGUCCUAAGUCAAAGACAUUUUUAAUGAGUGGUGGGAUGACUAUUAGCUGGAAGCAGUGUCUCCCGAGUUCGGAGGCAACAAGAGAUUCUUCCAACUCUUGCAGGAGUACAACAUCCACACUUUGACUAUCCAAGACAAAUACUAGCACAAAGCUGUCAAGUACUAUGCUCGUAAACUCUAAGCUUUAGUUGACAAAAAUUAAUAGUUUAGAGAAGACCCACCUGCCAAGGACUGGAAUGAUAGAUUGACACGUGCUUCUACAGUAGUUCAGAAAAGUUUAGAUAAGUAUGAGAAGAAAAUACUAGACAUUGGAGACAAGAUAGAUGCAAAGAUAGAAGAGAAAGGUUGGAGGAAAUCCAUUUCAGGGUUCUUUAAAAAUAAGUUCAGCAAAUCUAAAUCAGUGCCUCAAACUGGAUCCUUGUAAGCUUCAAGUGCGGGCUAAAGUAACUCAGAUUAAUAAAAUGUUGGGUUGGAUGAGGAUGAGAACUAAGAGCCUGUAGUACUUUAAGAAGAUGCACUUCUAGAUUAAAAUAAUAGUAGUCAAUAGCCAUUGACAAUAUCGGAGUCAUAAAACAAUUAGACACCCGGUUUUAACUAAAAAGCAGGGGAUCAUGAUGAUAAUUAUGAUGUACCUAAGAUUUAAAAAUGA